UUGCAUGUCAGCAUGUGAAUUGUCAAUUGUCAAUUGUGAUUUGUGAAGCCUCUGAUGACAUCAGCUCGCUGUUGAUUGGGAGACACAGGAGUAUCCCUCUUUUACCUACUCUGGAUUGUUAGGAGGGGAAAACUGAAAGUUCAUUUCUCGGGUCUCUUUGUUGAAAAGCAACCAUCUUUGAUCAACGUUGGAUUUCUUAAUACCGUCCGUCCGUCCCCCACAAGUCCAUGACUAAAAGCCAACAUCUUACGGGCCGAGCGAAAAAUAUGAGGGACGGCAGCUCGCCGGCCUAACGCGAAGCUUUCGCUUAACCUCGGGGCAUCCCUUCUUAGCACGCCUGGCAUGGGCAUCCUCACCCGCACGUCAUUCGUCAAUCGCUCACUCAUCGUUCAGAACUUCAGAUAUCUCCUUCAAAAUCUUCAAUUGCCCUUCUCCCCCUUUCUCUUCUCCUUCCCAUCCGGCAGAUCCCAUGAACCCCCCCUCCACACCGCAAUAAUGUCGUCGCGCCUUGCCCUUCGCGCCGGCCGGGACCUCGCCACCCUCUCCGCGCGGACGACCAGACGAUCCACCCCCUCGCUCCUCACCCGCCACAUCUCAACCCGCUAUGCAUUCCCUGCCCUCCGCAUCGCUGGCCAACGCCGAGCCUUCUCCCUCACCCCGCGCGCGCGCCUCGCCUCCUCUUCCGACGCCCCCUUCGACCCCGCGCAGUUCCAGCGCGAAUCGGACCAAGUCGACGUGUGCAUCGUGGGCGGCGGGCCGGCGGGGCUGAGCGCGGCGAUCCGGUUGAAGCAGCUGGCGAACGAGGCGGGGAACGAGGAGUUCCGGGUGCUGCUGCUGGAGAAGGCCGGGGAGAUCGGGGAUCAUAUCGUGUCGGGGAACGUGAUGGAGCCGAGCGCGGUGGAUGAGCUGUUGCCGGAUUGGAGGAGUCCCGACAAUCCGAACGCGUUCAAGGACAUCACACCGGCGAAAGAGGAUCGGAUGCGGUUUUUGACGAAGAAGAGGGCCAUUCCGCUGCCGGCGCCGCCGCAGAUGCAUAACACGGGGAAUUUCAUUAUCAGUUUGAAUCAGUUUACGAAGUGGUUGGCGGAGCGCGCGGAGGAGGUUGGCGUCGAGAUAUACCCCGGGUUCGCGGCAUCGGAGGUGCUAUACAAUCCGGAUGGGAACGUCAUGGGGGUAGCAACGAACGAUCUGGGGAUUGGGCGCGAUGGGCAGGCGAAGGAUUCGUUCGAGCGGGGCAUGGAGUUCCAUGCGCGAGUCACUUUGCUGGGGGAAGGGUGUCACGGCAGUCUCACGAAGCAGGUGAUCAAGAAGUAUGAUUUACGGAGGGACAGUCAACAUCAGACGUACGGGCUGGGGAUCAAAGAGGUGUGGGAGAUCGACCCCGCGAAGUUCGAGCCGGGCUUGAUCGUGCACGGGAUGGGGUAUCCGCUCCCCUCCGACACCUACGGUGGAAGCUGGAUGUACCACUUCGGCGACAACCUCGUCAGCAUCGGGCUUGUCACCGCCCUGGACUAUCCGAACCCAUGGUUGGCGCCCUACGGCGAGUUCCAGAAGCUGAAGCACCACCCCCUCUUCGCCUCGACCCUCGAAGGCGGCAAAUGCCUCUCGUACGGCGCGCGAGCCCUCGUCGAGGGCGGAUUCCAAUCAAUACCGCGCUGCGCGUUCCCCGGCGGCGCGCUGAUCGGCGAUUCCGCCGGGUUCGUCAACGUGCCGAAGAUCAAAGGCACACACACCGCAAUGCGGUCAGGGAUGCUGGCGGCGGAGUCGACGUUCAACGCGCUGUCGUCCGCCGACAACGGCGACGUGUUCUUGUAUGAGUACGAGGACCGGCUGCGCGAGUCGUCAAUCUGGAAGGAGCUGAAGGAGGUGCGCAACAUGCGGCCGUCAUUCCACACGCCGUUGGGCAUGUACGGCGGGAUCAUGUACUCGGGGUUGGAGGCGUUCGUGUUGAAAGGCCGAGCGCCGUGGACGCUCAAGCACGGGACGCAGGAUCAUGCGGCGACGAAGACGGCGGAUCAGUGCAAGAAGAUCGAGUACCCCAAACCGGACGGGAAGCUGAGCUUUGAUAUUAUGACGAGCGUGAGCCGGACGGGCACCAACCAUGAAGAAGAUCAGCCGGUUCAUUUGCAGGUGAAAGACUGGGAUAAGCAUACAGCGAUGGACUGGCCGAAGUACAAGGGGGUAGAAAAUCGAUUCUGUCCGGCGGGUGUGUAUGAGUAUGUUGAGGAUGAGUCGAAACCACAUGGUGUGCGGUUCCAGAUCAACAGCCAGAACUGCGUACAUUGCAAGACUUGCGACAUCAAGGACCCAAGCCAAGACAUCAAUUGGCAAGUUCCACAAGGAGGAGAAGGCCCGAAAUACUACAUGACCUGAGAUCGAUUGCAAUUUUGUAACAUGUUUGAGCAGUUAUGCAGGCGCGGGAAUGUGAGCUUGUAUUAUUAGAGUACUUGCCGUGAGGUGUAAAUAUGGAAAUGUUUGGAUCAUGUAACAAGCUGGCCUCAACCUGAAGACACCAAUACCCAGGCCACACACAGCAGAGUACAAUUAGAUUAGAUGGUCUCACCACCAAUGGACAAUGGCCACUCUCAUGACGCGGCGUGCUGGAAGGGAGCUCGUGUCAAAAGUACUCCGUUGCUAAAGCCGACUGCGACUGAAACGAUCAUCUGACAGGUCAUGAUUGCCUCAGGUACUGAGGCUCCAAAGAGCUUACGACAAUGGAGAGCUGAAACCGGUUCGGAUGGACAACGCCUCCAACGGACAAUGAAAUGGC